GAUUUUGACGGCUACGAUAUUUUCUUGAAUCUACUCUCCCCCUCAUCGGUUCGCUCUGCGUUCUAUUAGCCAGUCGGAUUUUAUUGCGGAAGCGAUUACUUUUCUCUCGCAGCAGGCAGGCAGGCAGGCAUUAUUUGCUUAAAACAAAUACUUUCCCAAACAUGUAUACAACACAAAACAUCGUCAACUCAAUAACAUCGAUUUGAGAAGCGAAAACAAUUGAUUGACUUCAUUACAAGAAGACUGUGAAAACGGUCUACACGGGCGUGUGUGACGCGUCUCUUCCUACAUUCAUCGUGUUGACGAUCGAGAAUCGCUUUCAUAUUCGCUAACUACGGGUUUUUGACACUUUGCCCGCUAGUCAGUCGGGAUGAAGCCUGGAGUAGGGGCAUGUCAGGACCCCUGUCAGGGUGGUCCGGGGGUGGGUGACAGGGGGGACGACACCCUGGUGUCUCUACCCCCUAAAGACACCCCUGGCUCACCCGCGGGGUCCCCCUCAGAGUUGGGAAGCCCUGGCCCCCGCCAGGCCGCGACCUUUGACCUGCUGAAGAUGGUGGUGUCUUACAAGAGGAUGGCCCUGUUUCUGGAGCCGCUCACUGACACGUUGGAGCUGGCCCGCUACCUACUGGGGUGGAGGAUGCCUCUGUGCUCACUACUGGUCUGUGUACUGCUCAACACCCUCUUCCUCACCCUGAGUGAAGGUGAGCUAAUGCUGGUGGGGUGGUUCUCUGUGUGUGUUCUGGGGGUGUCUGCCCCGGCUGCCCUGGGUUACCUGCAGGACAGGUGUGGGGGCGGGGCGUCGGAGGCGGAGCAACAGAAGAGGCGGUGCCACGCGGUGCAUCGUAAGGACCUGCAGAACGUUCAGCUCACCAGACAGGACGCCAUGCUGGAAGUCAAGGACCUGUUAAAGCAGCUAGAUGACCUGUUGUCUCAUGCCUGCCUGUCUGCUGAGUCCAUCUACAAGCUCCUGUACUGGGAGAGCCACUCUGAGUCCUCUAGGUUCUACGGUGGCCUGUUAGCUGUAUUGAUGCUGCUGUAUUCUGUCCCUGUGGGCUGGGUGCUGGCCUGUCUCACUACUGCACUCUUCCUGUGGAACCGAGACUUCUGCAGGGUUGUGUUGGACCUAAGGGAGGUGGUCCAUUCUGGCCAGAACCCAUCCUCAGAAGGAGAGAUGGACCUCACAGAACCGGACCACAGCAGCCUGGACCGGACUCCCACUGCUACCAGCUUGGAGGACCUGUCCCCGGGCAGCGUUGAGGAGGCUGAGGAGGCAGAGCCUGAUGAUGAGUUCAAAGACGCCAUCGAGUUGACUCAGGAGCCCCCUAUCUCCCUGCAGGACUAUCUCAGACAGUUCAGUGUUACACGACGUCAUGACCGAGGUCAAAGACCUGAGACUCCCUUGGCUUUAGUGGAGGAUGAUGACAUAAGUUCAGAUCUGGACACCAUCUCCAUCACCUCAGACAACGGUCUGCUGAGCCGCAACGAGCCAAUCCGCAGUAAGGUGUCCAAACUGACGGAGAAGCUACGCAAACGCUACCCCACCAACAACACAGGUAACUGUUCCAGCUGCAGUGCAGUCUUCUCAGUGGUGAAGAGAAGGCGGAGCUGUAGUAACUGUGGCAACAGCUUCUGCUCCAGAUGCUGCUCCUACAAGGUCCUCAAGGCUUGCAUGGGUGUCACAGCUCCAGAUGCCCAGAGAGAGACGGUGUUUGUUUGUGCUGUCUGCAACUCCACCCUCAGCAAGUGAGAAAUGACUACCACCUCCUACCCACUCAUGGAGACCCAGGGAGGGUACUGCCCCUCCUACCCAGGGUUCGAAGCUCCUUGGCUGGGUAGUGCCCGCGGCAGGUCAGCCUCUACCCCGCCUGGGGGUGGUUCAAAACCCCAGGUUGUCUGGUUCUAUGGCUCCAGCCCAGGUGACCAGGGUUAUUAAGAUGAACCAGUCCCAAAUGGCAACCUUUUCCCUACAAAUGAUUCCCUAUAAAUUACACUGCUUUUGCCCAGAGCCCUAUGGGGUUCCCUAUGGGCCCUGGUCUACAGUAGUGGACUAUAGGGAAUAGGGCCCUGGUCUACAGUAGUGGACUAUAUAGGGAAUAGGGCCCUGGUCUACAGUAGUGGACUAUA